UGAAAUGUCCAUCAGAGUACUAGUCCAACAGUCGAAGAGACGCCUGCAUCCCAAAACUAAUGGAGUUCUUAGCAUUUGAUGAAAUCCUUGCAAUGCUGUUAGUCUUAUUUUCAUUUUUAGGAGUUUCUCUAACUGUAACAAUAACAGCAAUCUUUCACCAACACAGAGAAACGCCACUAGUACGAGCCAACAACUCUGAGCUGAGCUUCCUGCUGCUCUUCUCCUUGACUCUGUGCUUCCUGUGUUCUCUGACAUUCAUGGGACGACCCUCUGAGUGGUCCUGCAUGCUGAGACACACAGCAUUCGGCAUUACCUUUGUCCUCUGUAUGUCCUGUGUUCUUGGGAAAACUUUGGUGGUGUUAAUGGCCUUCAGAGCUUCACUUCCAGGCAGUAAUGCGAUGAAAUGGUUUGGACCAACACAGCAGAGACUCGGUAUUUUGCUCUUCACUCUUAUACAGGUUGUAAUAUGUGUCCUAUGGCUGACAAUCAACCCACCUUUUCCAUAUAAAAAUAUGAACCAUUAUAAAGAGAAGAUUAUUUUUGAGUGUGCUCUGGGAUCAGCUGUAGGAUUCUGGGCUGUACUUGGCUAUAUAGGUUUUCUAGCUCUGUUCUGUUUUUUUCUUGCUUUUCUGGCUCGGAAACUACCUGAUAACUUUAAUGAGGCCAAGUUUAUCACCUUUAGCAUGUUCAUAUUUUGUGCAGUGUGGAUCACUUUUAUUCCAGCUUAUGUCAGCUCUCCUGGGAAGUUCACUGUGGCUGUGGAGAUAUUUGCUAUUCAGGCAUCCAGCUAUGGGCUACUUAUUUGCCUUUUUUUACCAAAAUGUUUUAUUAUUUUGAUUAGGCCUCAGUACAACAGUAAGAAACACAUUAUGGGAAAAUCAUCUGUAAGAUGAUUUUAAUGUAAGAUUUUAAUAUUGUUGUGUUAUCCUUGUGUCUAUGUCUAAUCUGG